AUGCCUGACUUGCAAGACAACAGGAUAAAUGUCGAGGAUCUGACAGCCCGGGAAAAAGACUUCAGAAAGGUGCAACUCAUCUGCUUCUUUGGCCUUCUGCUACCUCUUUUCCUAGUCUGUACGAUGGGGUGGCUCAUUGCAGUAAUGGUAACUUGCCGGAAGAUCCCCGAGCAACUGUUAGCCUCUAGCUUCGCAGAUGACGUAGCAGCCCCACCCACCACAGAUACCGCAUUCAGGAGUGGCGAGGUUACAGCUGAUUUUGUCGUAUCAGAUUUGAGCCUUUUUAUAGAUAAUCAUGUCACUGCUUUGUUCACAUUCUGUGGGUUCGCUUGCGAACCACCUUCUUCAAACGCAUCUCGUAACUUUUUAUAUGCCGUGAACGAUUCUCUUGUGGAUGGUACGUCAUACAAACGAAACGUGACGUUAGCAAGCGCCUCAAUGGGCUUUAAGUGUGAUUAUAUCGCCAGUAAUAUAAGUCUGGAGGGUCAUUAUUUUCACAGUCCAGCCACUCUUUUCUCAGUGGAGUCGGGUAAGGCGGCGGCUGUUAACAUGACACUGGCUUCUGUUCCCAUGGAGGUCUCCUUGUCUCUACAAUCCAGUGUGUCGAGCCUGCAAGUCUGGAACCAUUCCAGAAGCAUCAACAUGUCUUUGCUGGGACCUGUGUACAUGGAGAGCGUCAGUGGAGACGUCAUAAUAACCAACUCUACUGAACUCCUAGCAAUAAACCUCUCCUCGUCUAAUGCAGUCGUGUAUACUACUGGCAGAGCGUCUAUUUACUGGAGCAAUACCGCUCCCAUCGUUAGCUUGCAGUCUCUGGUCCUUCUAGUUGCUUAUAAUGGCACGACAACUGCAGGCCCAUAUCUUAUCUGUGUGCCUAUUAAAGCGCUUAUUCAAGGGGCUGCCACGCCUGUGACUCUAUCUCUGACGAAUCGGGGCCUGUCAGGAAGUGUUACGUUGACCUAUCAUGAGAAUGGGCAACCGGUCAGUUUCUCUGAAGCGUCCCUCACAUCUGUCAGGUGUAGUUCUUUCGACAUUCCUUACCAAGAUACUCUGUAUACUGUUGCCCCGAGCUGUCAAUUUGGCUCAAUAAAUGUUGUGAUUGCACAGGAUUCGCAGCCCAAUGACCCCAGCAACACUACUAAGGUGAUCACUGUUCAUAACAACGGGCAGGUUGACCUCCAUCUGUACCAGAUUGGCGACGAACUCCCCGAGCCAUGCUUUGUACAGUCAAAAAUUCAUUAG